GCUGCGCAGUAGGUGCUUGGUUACGCAUGCGCAGUGAGUGACGGGCAGAGACCCUGUACCCGGGAGAGCAAGAUGGCGGGGCUGAACCUGUGAGAGAAGCGCAGCCCGGACAGGGCCUGAUGGCAGAAUGGAGCCGCCGGCGCUACAGACUGGAUGAGCAACGUUUGGGCCCUAAUAUUUCCCACCCCCCGGCUAGUUUCCGUAGCUUGUCCCAGUCCCCAGUUCUUUCCCACUUUCUCCCUCCUACCGGAAUCUGAUCCCUGCAGCAACAAUGAGCUGGCUGAGCAAACUAAACCCGCGUGGGGCUGGCAGCAAGGCCGGGCGAGGUGCCACUCUCCAACCGCUCGUCACUGCCGAUCCAGAGACCUGUCUGAUGGUAUUCAAGAACCACUGGUCCCAGGUGCUGCGCAUUCUCGAGCGCCACGGCCCCUCUGCAGAGACAGUCAGCGCAGACGACCUGAGCAGUGUGCGCAACAACACUUACCAGAUGGUGAGCCUGUUGGCCGAGGAGCUGCCACAAGAUGGAGACGGGCCGGGCCCUAUCCUGGCAUAUAUGGCAUCGGAGGGAAUAAUGGAGAGAAUCCUGCAGUGGCACCGGCGGCGCGAAUUCACUGAGGACAAAAAGGUGGAGCAGCUGAAGCUGUAUGAGAUGCUUAUCAGCCAGUCACGCCAGCCCCUGCUGCGAUACCAGCCAAUCCUGCGCCCCCUGGUCACACUCCUGAGCACCUUCUCCCCCGGCCCAGCUGCCCCCGUGCUUGAGAAUAACCUGGUGCUGCUGCUCAACCAGUUGUGCGUCUCCCUGGCACGGGAACCCUCCACCCUGGAACUUUUCUUCCAAGGUCCCUCUGGGAGCGACGGCCCUGCCAACCUGCUAAUAUUCUCACUGCUCGUGCCCUUCAUCCACCAUGAGGGAGUGAUCGGGCAGCAGGCACGGGAUGCACUACUCCUUAUCAUGGCAAUGUCAUCCGAGAACCCAACCAUGGCCAAGUACAUAACCGAGAACUCCUUCUUCUGCCCCAUUCUGGCCACUGGCCUCAGCGCCCUGUACUCUUCUCUGCCACGCAAAAUAGAAGUUCGGGGAGAUGACUGGCACUUCCUCCGGAGGGAAGAUUGGAUCGGGGUUUCAUCUCUCGUACUCUUCAUGAAUUCCCUGGAAUUCUGCAAUGCCGUAACCCAGGUGGCUCAUCCGCUUGUUCAGAACCAGCUGGUAGAAUACAUUCACAAUGGCUUCCUAGUGCCUGUAAUGGGACCUGCACUGCACAAGACUUCCAUCGAGGAGAUGAUUGCCAGCACAGCCUACUUGGAGCUUUUCCUGCGCAGUAUCAGUGAGACCCCCCUGCUAAAAACCUUCCUGCGCUUUAUCCUGCUACACCGGCACGACAGCAGCACCAUCCUGCAAACACUGAUCAGCCGCAUCGCCAGCAACUCCCGGCUCUGUAUGGUGUCGCUCACCCUGUUCCGCACUCUGCUCAACAUCACCUGUGAGGACUUCCUACUGCAGCUCGUGCUCAGGUACCUGAUCCCCUGUAACCACGUCAUGCUGAGCCAGAGGAGGGCGAUCAAGGACCUAGACCUUUACUCCAAGACUGCAGACAAGUUCCUGUCCCUGAUCCCUCGCUGCUGCCGCAAGGAGAAUCUCUGCCCCCAGGACAGAGAGGAAGAACAUGCAACUUGGUCUAAAGCUCACGGGAGCCCAAGUAUUGACACUUCCUCAGUCACCACAGUGCCAAGGCCCUCUACCCCCUCCCGUAUGGGCUUCUUCAUGCGCCAGUCCAACGCCGCUCCGGAAAGUCCGUCCUCCCGAUCUCCAAGCUUCUCUCUGCCGGAUGCGGUGAUCGGUAGCCCACGGCACAGCUCGCUCUGCUGGGAUGAGGUGGCAGAGCUGGACGGCAAUUACCUGGAAUACCUGCAGGAAGCCCGGGCAGCCAUUGAUCGCUGUGUCCAUGCCUGCCGGGCCUGGUCUGCCCCCUAUGAUGGAGAGGAACCCAGCCCCCGCAGCCUGUCGCCCUCUACCCCUGAUGAGGUCACGGUGUCACCUGACUACUUCUCUCCUCCGCCAUUCAUCAAAGCCCACGAUGGUAAGGAGCGAGAGGCUCGCAGACACAGCGCCACCCCUAGGACUAAGAAGCGCAGCCUACAGGAAGAAGGCGAUGGGGAGCGGCUGAGCACUUUGAAUGGAGGAGGGGCGGAGGAACGGCAUACCGAAGGGUCUGUAGAUGGCGCCAGCGUCCCAGUUUUGAAUGGAGCGCUAACAGAGGAGCAGGGGUACCUGGGUGGUACACCGAGGGGCCCAGCAAUGGGGGGCCAUUGUGCUGAGGAUGUGGAGGUAAAAAAAGUGAAAAGGGAACCGGCGGAGGAGAGGGAGAAUUCUCAUUCAGAAGAGCGGAAGCCACUCCUGGUGUCCGAGAACGGCUCCCAACAGAAGUCCUAUGGGAAACAGCAGCCCUGGGGGUCUAUCAAGUGGGAGACCCCAGAAUCCGUUGACAAUCUGAUUGAAGAGUUGCUGGCCAGGGCGCCAGCUGAGACUAAUGGGGCCCAUAUAAACAUUGAGAAGUUAGGGGAGGAACUGGGGGAGAUGGAGAACAACAUGAGGGAAGCUGCGAGGCAAGAAGAACUGACGGCGGAGCAGCACCAGGGUCCCACCAAGGAGGAACAGGAGGAAGUGGAGUACCAAAACUGCGAGGCAGAAAUCACCAAGAGUCGGGCAGACUCCAUGUCGCUGAUACUUAGCAGCCCUCUGAGAGCACAAAAUGGAGGCCAACCCUUCACUGGGCCAUUUAUCGGGGUGCUGUUUGCCAAGCUUGAGACCAUGCUGCAGAAUUCCCUGUACGUGAACUUCCUGCUGACUGGGAUCAUUACCCAACUGGCGUGCCACCCCCAGCCGCUGCUCCGCUCCUUCCUGCUCAACACUAACAUGGUGUUCCAGCCCAGCGUCAAGUCCCUGGUGCAGGUUCUGGGCUCCGUUAAGAACAAGAUCGAGGCCUUUGCAGCCUCCCAGGAGGAUUUCCCCACCCUCCUGUUUAAGGCCAAGAAGUUCCUGAUUGCCCGGGGGAAACUGGACUGGAGUGAAAACCAGAUGUCUGUUCCUGCCCUGCGUCGCUCCGACACCCUGGUGAAGAGCCGCAAACCGUCCAUCGGGGAGCUGAUACUGCGCCAUACCAACAGCCCCACUCGGGCGCGGCAGGCAGCGCAGAUGGCGUUUCAGCACGUACGGGACGGACAGGUCCUACACGCCCUCUCUGGAUCCUCCAUUUUCAAGAGCUCAGCGGAGAAACAGAAUGAGGCCCUGCGAGUGAAGAACGCCGUGUACUGCGCCGUUAUAUUCACCGAGUUCAUGAAGGAACUGGCGGCCAUUGCUCAGGAGCACGCGGUCACCUCCCCGUACCUGCUGGGAGAGGCCGAAGAGUGACGCGAGGUAGGACUUCCUGUUUGGUCACAUGUUACCACGGAAGGUCACUUCUCUUUCCCUGCCCAGGGUGGGUCGGGCCCCGCCGGCCCCAAGGAAUAUGUAUAGGGCAAGUGGGGAACCCACAUCUCAAGGACCCAAGAUGGAGACACAGGAAGCGCCCGUCUCUUCCCGCUGCUGAUUUUCCCAGCGGGAUCCUCCUCGCUUUACAGCUCUGCCUCCAAAGAGGGAUCCGUAGGAUUCAAUGGAAAUUUCCGGGAGCUGGUCAUUGGGAACUUUCCGUAGCCACGCCUCCUAUGGGAUAGACGUGUUUCCCAGGGAGCAGCCCGUGAUUGGCUCCCACUACCUGCACACUUGAUUAAUUUAUAACUCGUUAGCCCUCGGCCAGGACCUGCUCUCUCUCUCUCUGCAAUCAGACUCCGCCCCUCUCAGCAUUUCAGCCUUUUGUACCAAUCAAAGGAGAGCAGGGUCCGGGGGGGGGGGUAUUUUUUAACUUAUUUUAAAGAAAAGAUUGUGUUUUAAUCGUUGUUGGACGCAGAGUCCCUAUGUGUGUAUAUAUCUGUAUGUACAUGUGUAUAUAUCCAUAUAUUUAUAUAUCCCUCGCCGGGAGUGCGGCCGCCCCGUGCCCUUCUGUCUCUAUUGCCAGGGGCCCCCCAUGUUGGACCCUGAGCAGGGUAAAAGUGGGGGUGCUACUUCACCAUAUAAACUGCAGUAAUAGUGCAAUAAGCCCCCCCCCCAAUUCUGCCAUUAGCAGCUCUGAUGCCCCAUCUGCCCCAGCCGUUAAUGUGCAUCAGGGUUAGACUGGGAAAUGCCAAAGGGGUUUUGUUUUCAAAAACCUCAGCACGUGGGUCGCCCAAUACUGGGCAAGUGGUGCCACUGGGUCCGUAGCGCUGGCACCAACGCAGGGUGCGGCCCAGACACGGGGAUUAUUCUCCUUUUAACCCUUUUAUUUCUGUUUUCUGUAUCUUGCCUUAUUUUUAGCCCAAAAUGCCCCAAUUCACCUUACUGUGUGGGGUCUGGCACACAGGCGCGGGCCAAUCACCUUACUGUGUGGGGUCUGGCACACAGGCGCUGGCCAAUCACCUUACUGUGUGGGGUCUGGCACACAGGCGCUGGCCAAUCGCCUUACUGUGUGGGGUCUGGCACACAGGCGCUGGCCAAUCGCCUUACUGUGUGGGGUCUGGCACACAGGCGCUGGCCAAUCGCCUUACUGUGUGGGGUCUGGCACACAGGCGCUGGCCAAUCGCCUUACUGUGUGGGGUCUGGCACACAGGCGCUGGCCAAUCACCUUACUGUGUGGGGUCUGGCACACAGGCGCUGGCCAAUCACCUUACUGUGUGGGGUCUGGCACACAGGCGCUGGCCAAUCACCUUACUGUGUGGGGUCUGGCACACAGGCGCUGGCCAAUCACCUUACUGUGUGGGGUCUGGCACACAGGCGCUGGCCAAUCACCUUACUGUGUGGGGGUCUGGCACACAGGCGCUGGCCAAUCACCUUACUGUGUGGGGUCUGCACACAGGCCUGGCCAAUCACCUUACUGUGUGGGGUCUGGCACACAGGCACUGGCCAAUCACUGUACAGACUGGGGGGGGGGGUGUAAGGGCACCGCAGCUUCUCUCACAUAAUAAACUGUCUCAGCUGCAACAUCAACAAAAUACGGACCAAAAGCUGACAAUCCGUUGCCGUUUUCAUCUCUUUUGUUUCGAAGUGUUUGUGAGAAAUAGGCGCCCCCUUAUUGUACCCCCUAUAAGUGCCAUGCCCAUCCCUGCCUUAAGCUCCUCCCAGGCCCCUCCCACUCUGCCUGUUCCACUCCCGGCGCCCCAGUCUGCUCCCAGCUCCCCGCUCUAUUCCCGGCGCCCCGGCUGUCUCCCAUCUCUAUUCCCGGCGCCCCGGCUGUCUCCCAUCUCUAUUCCCGGCGCCCCGGCUGUCUCACUCCCAGCUCCCCGUUCUACUCCCGGCGCCGGGGGAGUGGCCUGACAUUAUGGGGGAGUGGCCAAGCAUUACUGGCUGGUAAAGGAAUAACAGAGGCUUAGUGCUAGUGGGUGGGGGGAGUUGUAGUUUUAGGAACCCCAGCAUAUUGUCCCACAUGUAUCUAAUGGAGCUUGUGAUUGGCUGAUGGGAAGGAUCUGGGUCUGGGCCCAUUUGGCUUUAACUCCCGGUACCCCUGUCCGUUUCCCAUUUUACUCUCUUUAUUGUGUGUAUUUGUACUCAUGCCGUGGGGGUGGAGCCUGCUCAGGCCCCGCCCACUUAUUUUGCACAUUGUUUUAAUGAGAUUUCUAUGUUAUUUGUUGAUUUUAUAUUUCCCUUCUGUGCUGCCAAAUGUCUCUUCUUUUUAUUGGCCAUGGGGGUGGGGGCCGCCUGCUAUAGCGCCAAAUGGGCCCCCGCUAGGGUUAUAGAGCCGCCGCCCACACUCCCAUAUUCAGCUGCUUAUUUGCAUGGCUAUUCAAAUAUAUUUUCUUGUAAUUAAAAAAGGGAAUGUGUAAUUAGCGCCCCGCCCCCUUCCUUUGUGCCAUUGGCUGCCAGUCGCUCCCCAUUCUGCUGUGCCGCCGGCACUCAUGGGAUUGGCAGCCCAAUAUCCUAUUGGAUGGAAUCUGAGCCUCCCUUGUGGGAGGGGCAUGGGAAAUGGCGGCAGCAGCGGGUGGAAAGACAAAGGGUGCCAUGUUAUAGGGGCGGUGCUAUUGUAAUGGUUUGGCAUGGAGGAACCCGCUGUAUGUUGGGCAGUGCCUAUUGGCCCAUUCUAUUGGUUGCUUGCCCAGCGAUCCCGCCAUUGGGAGGCGCCGUGACUCAGUCUCAGACAUCCAAUAAAUCAAGGCGUUUUCAAUUG